GGUUGACAUUGUCAGUCCCAGACUCCCAAUGGCGCAGACUGAGAACACUCAUCAACUGGACAGGAAGAUGUUACAGUUCAGCAUGAUGGAAGUGGAUGGAAUCCUUAUGCCUCAAGCAUUUGAAGGAGUGUGGGAAAGAAUCUGUAAUUUCCAAGCCAGGCCAGAUGACACCUUUCUGGUAUCUUACCCAAAGUCAGAUCAUCUAUGUGGCCCGAAAUGCCAAAGACUGCCUGGUGUCCUACUACCACUUCCACAGGAUGACCUCCUUCCUGCCCACCCCUGCAAGCUGGGAGGACUUCUGUGAAGACUUCAUGUCGGGAAAGCUGUUGUACGGGUCCUGGUACGACCACGUGAAAGGCUGGUGGGAAGCCAAGGACAAGCACCGGAUCUUCUUCCUCUUCUACGAGGACCUGAAAAAGAAUCCAAGACAGGAGAUCUGCAAGAUCCUGAAGUUCCUGGGGAAAACUCUGUCAGAGGACACCAUAGAUAAGAUCCUCCACCACACCUCCUUUGAUGUGAUGAAGGAAAAUCCCAUGGCCAAUCAAACCGCUUUUCCACCCAACAUCUUUAAUCACACCAUCUCCCCAUUCUUGAGGAAAGGAAUGCCUGGAGACUGGAAGAACCAUUUUACUGUGGCUAUGAAUGAGAAGUUUGACGAGCACUAUAAGAAGAAGAUGGCAGGGACCACGCUGACCUUCCACACAGAACUCUGACCGGGGAACAAUAGUCCAUGCCUGUUACCUUCCUGCUGGUCUGUGCUGAGCAGCCUGCCUACUACUCCAUGCCAGGCACCCUGACUACUGGUCCACACCAAGUACCCUGCCUGCUAUGCUAUGCCAGCACACUGUCUGCUGGUCUAUGGAACCCAGAGGCCACCAUGUUGGGAAGGUCAGAAUGCGAAGCUUAUUAGAAUGCUGUCUUUCUCUCCCAGGCACACGGCUAGUCUGCUGCAAUGCUAAAGCCCCAUGAAAUGCCAGUCACCUGCUACUGAAAUGUACUAAAUAAAGUAUGAGAAGUGAGGAGCAGCA